AUGGGUCCCUCAGCAUUCAACUAUGCCGAUUUAUCCAAUGAGUCUGACGAAGACAUACCAUUACAUCUAGUCGAAUCUACAUUAUAUAGCAAUAGGAAGAAACAACCUGAUAAUCAGAAGCAGUGGCUGUGGUUCCUGUUCGCUGGUGUGGUAGUCAGCAUUUCCUUCAGCAUCUUCAACACAUUCCUGCUUGUUCGCGGCUUUUCGUCAUCACAAGACAUAUGGGCAUCUGCAGAUAACUUUGCUGGUGUCCCUCUACUGCGCCCCAACCAAUUCUUUGGGCUCGACAAGAUAGAUCGAAAUCGAUCGGGUUUCUCGACUCCACGCCCGUUCAUGAAUCGUGUCUCGUUGUUAACGCAAGUGAGCAUCAACCAUCCCGACUACGUUUAUCCCGAUGGUCAGAGGGAGUGGUUCUCUUCGAUCAGAGGUACAAUUAGCCCGUUACACAAGCCCUUUGUCGUAAACAAGGAGACAUCCACUAUUGCCCAGUUCCGCGCCCUCGAUUAUGGUAUGGAACGGUGCCAAGUGACCGUGAGAAUCUCGUCUCGGGACGUCCUCGAGAGCGAGGCGGAUCCGCGUGCACGUUUCAACCGCACCUUCACCUCUUUUAGGGAUGAGCCUGUUAAUAUUGCUGUUUACGAGCUAAUAACAGACCAACCUCUCGACGUUCAGAGCCUCUCAUGGAAAACAAAACCCGAAAGGGGUCAGCUUCUCGGCACGCUCCUUGUUGGAGAAGGCAUAGACUCGGAGCUACAUAUACGGGAAUGUCUACAAGAGUCAUUGCAGACAUUCGAGUUUGCUUGUGAAGAGGAGCUUGAAGAAGCAUGCGCAGCUGAGUGGUGGCAAGAUGAACGCGAAAGUCUCGAAAGAGGUGGCCAGAAUGGAUGGGUGAUCGCGGGGAACGAGAACGAUGUCGAGCCGUCGUUACAGCGGUUUUAG